ACACAAACCCUAUUCCCCUUAUCUCUCCUGCGCCCCUCCCAUCUUCUCCCUCCUCUCCCUUUUCUUUCUAUCAUCACUUUCUCUCUUCUCACACCCAACGCACACACCCAGAUCCGCACUCAAAUCAGCGGCCGCUCGUCCUUCCCGGCAAAGCAACGGCGAUAAGCCGCUGACACGCCCGGCUCUCCCUUCUCUCUCUCGGCGGCAUCACCGCCUCAUCUCCUUUACCCCUCUGACUUAGAUCGGCGACGGUGAGAGCCUCCGCCGUCUGAGCCCUAGCCCCAAUCACAGCUCCCACAGAAUCCGCCGCCGCCAGCCACGCCGCCUCCCCCUCCUGACUCCUACCGACGACACUAGCGCCACCGUCCUCACUCUCCUCUCCCCCAGAUCUGACAAAAUCUCUCUCUCUCUUUCCAACAAACUUCGGCGGAUGACAGCAGCCUUCCUCCGGCCGCCGCCACCGCUCGUUCUCCCCUUCAAAUCUUCAACCGACAGCAGCAGAGUCGCGGCCGCCGCCGUCCGUCUGCCUUGGUACAGCCUCAUCGGCGAUGCUGUCACUCAAGGGAAAGAGAGCAGCACAGAUCUGGUGGCCUUGGGGUGGUUGAAGUGGAGGAAGCCGCGCGGAGAGGUGGAGGUGCCGAGGUACUGCGAUAAGGCGCCGAAGAUUGUGUGGUGUGUGUGUAAAAUUAUGAUCGAAAACCACCGCGGUUCCGCUGCCGCCAUCAUCGCCGAACCCGACCCAGACUCCCAGAAUACAAAUCUCAGCCCAAAAGUAAAAGUAUCAAGAUUCAAAUGUUGGAUGAAAUUUGUGAUGUUGAAUGAAAUUUGUUUGAAUGUAAUAUUGGAUUAAUAAUGUUUGAAUGAAGAUUCAAAUGUUGGAUGAAAUUUGUGAUGUUGGAUGAAAUUUGUUUGAAUGUAAUAUUGGAUUAAUAAUGUUCGAAUGAAUGUAUGGAUUUUUAUUAUUAA